AUGAAGUGCUGGUCCUCACAGUUCUCGCACAUCGCCUACGAGUAUAAGAGAGGUUACGGACAGCCUAUCAAUAGUCCGAUGGCUGUCGUCAUACAAGAGAUGAUUGGCUGCCAAUCGGCGGGAGUUAUGUUCACUUGUGAUCCCAUCACCGGUGAUGAGAGGUUUCUCGAGAUUACCGGUAAUUAUGGGUUGGGAGAAUCAGUGGUGUCCGCGUCUUCAGAACCGGAUUCAAUCAAACUGUCCGUUAAUAUUGAGUCCAACUCUCUGUCCACACGAAGACAUAUCACAGGAAUUAAGUCCAAAGUGAUCGGACAGAAGAAGACGUUAAUAAAACUCUUAGAAAAUGGAGGGACUGUUGAGGAAGAGGUCAGCGACAGAAGUAGUUGUUGUGUCAGUGAUCGGGAUUUGUUACGUUUGGGUGAUAUUGGACUUCGGAUUCACAAACACUACGGAAAUGCGAGAGAUAUAGAGUGGGGUCUACUCGGGGGCCAAAUAUUUAUGCUUCAGUCGAGACCCGUCACCAAUUUAGACAACUCUUACACCGACUACGAGAUUAUGCAUGAGUUGGACACACCUCACCAAACAGAGUUUGAAAUCUACUCCCGGGCCCAUUGGGGUCAGAUGUUUCCCGGCGCCUCCUCUUGGAUUGUGUUGCAGUGGUUUUGGUCCAAUAAAAGCUUAUUUUUGCGUCAGGGUAUAUCUCACGGCAGUGUCUCAGCCGAGGAUUACAAUCCGUUUGUCGAAACAAUGGGCGUUCAGUACAAUCAAGUCAUGUAUAAUCUGACCAAUGGAGAGAUGGACUUCUUUGCGGACUACCCCGAGUCAAAACGGGCCCAACAAAUGGUUUUAGGGAUGUUUGGCCAUCACAUCGAUGAUGAAGACGUGUUGAAGUGUUUUCUAGUAAAACGUGGGGAGAGAGCGAGCCCUUCAUUGGUGGCAAAAUUGCGGACAUUUUAUUUCAUGAUCAAUGCCCUCCUAUUUGGUCCCAAAAAUCUGCUCAAAACUAAAAGUCUUUUUAUGGAUGAAAAGAAAUACGAUUUGGUGACCAUUUUGAGACAAUUCUCUAAUUCAAAGGCUAUCUAUAACGAGAUUCUCAAUAACUAUCACAUUAUAUCCAACACUGCAUUUGAAAACCACGGCCCCGUCUCUAUGGGCUCGGCCUUAAAAAAUGCUAUUCUUAAGGCUACCCUUCAGGGGGCUAUGAAGGAUAAUGCAGACCUGGACGCAGACCUCAAUGAAAUGAUCUCUUCGUGUAAUGAUGUGAUCAGCGCUGAAGUGCCCAACAGUUUGAGAGAUAUCGCGAAGUCUAUCAAAGAUAAGCAAACAUUCAGCCAAUUGUCAGAUGAGGAGGCGCUGCGAUUGUUAUAUAAGGGAACCGAUGAGUCGUCUCUUAAGUUCAAACAAUUUCUUGAAAGACACGGUCACAGAGGGUAUCGGGAAUUGGAUCCCAUGUAUAAGCCAUGGAAAGGGAACCCCAUUCCUUGCAUUAAAACAAUUAAAACUAUGCUAUCGGGAAGUGAGAAACAAUUGGAGGCAAAAGUUGGUAAAUCUGUGGACCAAUUGAUUGAAGAACUCAAGACUCCAUUGACACCAAUAAAAAGACUACUUCUCAAGAAACUAAUCCUUCCGUACACUCAACGCGGUGUCGGAUACCGAGAAAUAUCCAAAUAUUUCAUGAUUUGGUUGAAUAACAAACUGAGAGAAGGCUUCUGGUAUUUGGCCGAACAGAUGGUUAGGGAAGGACUCAUACCAUCCGCCCAAUCAUUCUUCUACUUAACCGUCGCCGAAGUGGAGGCGCUCUGUAAUGGAGACAGAGAUCCGUUAAUUCUGGCUCGAGUUAGACACCGGAAAAGGCUUUACCCAAAAAUGGAUAAAUACAAGUUCGAUGAGUUCAUCAAAGGACCGGAAAUGAAGCCAAGAAAUUUUGAAGAUCGCAUUAUUCCUCCAAAUCUGGGCUCAGGAAUGGUUCAGAUGAAGGGAACGCCAGUUAGUAAUGGAUCCAUAAAAGCGAGAGUUUGUAUCUCUGAGGAUAUCACUGAAGCCGACAAUAUUCAGCCGGGAGAUAUACUGAUCACGUACUCGACGGACAUCGGUUGGAGUCCAUACUUCCCUCUACUGUCGGGUAUUAUCACAGAAAUCGGUGGAACCAUAUCUCACGGGGCGGUCAUUGCCAGAGAGUUUGGUAUCCCGUGUCUGAUAGCAGUGGAGGGCGCCUGUAGUGCAUUCAAAACCGGAGAUAUUUGUGUUUUGGAUACUCAGAGCUCAACCAUCACUAAAGUCCAGUGA